CAUCAUAAGAAAACAACAAUGAAUUUGUUUUGUCAUACGACAUUCCAAAGCAUGUUUACGAGUUUAGCAUCAAGUACAUAAUCUUAAUUUUUUUAUAACAAGAUACUUUCUUAGAUAGGUUUAUCGUCAAUCUAUUACAUUAUUAAGUUAAGAAACACGACAGAAUACAACGGACAUACUUUACUUUUUAAAUUGUGUUAGUUUAUAACUGUCUGUUAAACCAGGUGGUCGUUGCGCGGUUGAAUUUUAAAAAGUAAAAUGUCAGAUAUUAUUUUUCGCGCCAAUGGCUUACGUUGAAGGUCAAAGCCCCCAUACGUGCCUAGAUUUUGAAAAAUGUCCACGAACGUUGCCCUCACUGUAUUGGGAUAUAGGAACAAAUUAAGCUUCAUUCGAUGCUUAUACAUUCGUCGUAUAAAUUGUCUGAAUAUUUAUUGUAACAUUAAAAUAAUAACUCAAAAAAAUGUCUGUGCGAGUGCUCGUUUUAUGCGUCCAAGUGUUUUUAUUAUUUUCCGUGGAAUGUGGGGACCCUAGGAGCGAAGAAGGUUACCCGAGGGGAUUUAUGGCAGUAUGUUCAGGGUCCACGAAACCAGCCUCAAUCCCCAGGAGUCAGCUGAAGUACCUCUUCUUCGUGGUCCAGGGUAAGGGGCGGUCGAGGAAAUCCUAUAAUUAUUGGGACGCGAAAAACAUCGCUACAGAUCCAAGGAUAGACUUGCGUAGAAAAACCAUGGUAGUUGCAAUCGGAUACUUGGACAGUACAAGUUUUCCGAUAUCCGGAAUGUUCGCUAAUGAGUACGAAGCUAAGGGGUACAACGUGAUCCUAAUUGACAACCAGCGCUUCGCCACGGUUCACUACUAUUUAGCUUCACGCCUAAUGCGUCCUGUCGGCAAACACGUAGCUGAGGUUUUAGUGGAAUUAACUCGAGCUGGAUUAGACCCAACCAACACCGAGCUUCUAGGCUUUAGCCUCGGCGGUCAAACAGCCAGCUACAUAGCGAAAAACUACCAACAAAUGACAGGAAAGAAUAUAUCAAGGAUAACAGCUUUGGAACCGUCUGGACCUUGUUUCAGGACUCUUUCCUCUCAAGAACGUCUAGACGCAUCGAAUGCGGACUUCGUUCAAGUUGUACACACGAAUAUCGAUGGAUACGGAAUGAGUGCUAGGAUGGGGCAUGUUGAUUUCUAUGUAAAUGGGGGGGAAUUUCAACCGACAGACUUGAACGUAUAUCCUUGUACUGCAACAUGUAGCCAUUUUAGGGUAUUAAGUCUUUGGGUAUCAGCUAUGAGGAAUCCGAAGAAAUUUAUAGGUAUUAAAUGUAAUAGUAUUCAAGAAGCGAGAGACUCUGCGUGCUACAACAUAGUUCCUUUAUCGACAAACGUCAUGGGCGAAAACGUCAAUGUCACAAAUCAAGGUAUAUUUUAUCUGUCAACGGACAAAGUUUUUCCUUAUUAUCUAGGAAAGAACGGUUUAAAGCCAGAGUACGAUUCGUGGAGAAAAAUUAGUAAUAUCAACGAUGGUAAUGAAACUGAAGUAUACACGUAGCUAUUAAAAGUAUUUUUUUAAGACAAAUAACUUUAUGAAAAGAAUUAAAGGCAGUCUAUGGCUGGGUAGUAGAACUCUUUUUGGUAAUAUUCUUUUAC